AUGUCAGGUUGUUUGAGGGUCACUGAAAGAUCCUUUGUCCAUGAAAACGUAUUGGCCGGUGUAGUAUGUCAUCACAAAGAUAUGGAUGGUGAAUGUGGAUUGAAUGAGAAGGCUCGAUUGCGUACUUUUUGUCAGACAAAGUGGAUUGGGCAGAUGAAUGGGAUAAUCUUAGAUAGGCAUCGCCAAAGGAUUCAGGGUACACCAUUCAAAUGGUGUUUGGACAUGCAAGAACCAUUGAAGAUAUGUAACCCUCUAUUGCUUGAGUUAUUGAAGCGUUGGCUACCUGCUCAGGAAUCAUUUCGUGUAAUGCAACGGUCAAUUCCUUUUACCUGUGCGGACAUUUGCAUGUCUUUAGGGUUGUCGGUUGUUGGGUUAGAUGUAGAUUUUGAUAAAAGUGUUUGUGGGGUUGUGGGUGGACUUUUGCAAGACAAAAUAGUAACCGUUAAAACCAUUAUUGAAAUAAUUCACAGUUUGGUUGGUAGUGAUUCUAAUGAAGUUGAUAACGUUUGUCGUUUGUACAUAUUUGUUUGUUUUGCUGUGUUUUACUUCCCUAGAAAUUCAAAAACAAUUAGUAACAUCCCUUGUAGUGUUUUAGAUGAUAUAGAUGGGCUGUCCAAUUACAAUUGGGGUAAGGCAGUUCAUAGUUUUUUAGUUAAAAGUUUAAGUCGGGGGUUUCUGGCACUUGGGCAGACAGAGCUUUGCUUAAGUGGUGCAGCACAAGUGUUGCAGAUUUGGGCUGUAGAAAGGUUUUCAUUGGGUGGCCCAGAAUUGCAGUUAAUUUUUCCGAGAAUAUUGGCGUGGCCGGAAGUUCACUUCAAGUCAAGACGGAUUGAGAAGUUGUUCCAGGAGAGCAACAUAUGUGUGGAAUGGAGGGUAAGAGAAGAAGACAAGCAAAAUAUUAUGAUUCGUGAAGCGUUGCAACUUGGAGACGAAGCAAAGUCUGAAAAAUCGCAUGUGGAUAUCAAGUUGGCUUCCACAAAAGUUCUGCUGCAGAGGCUGAGAACCCAUAGAACACGGCUACGCAUGAUGAAGGACGAAAUGACUUUGAUGCGCGAAGAGAUAUCAUUGCGAUGUGAUGGUGGAAUUCAGAAGGGUGUGCAACAAGAGCAGGACAACGACGGUGAUGAGGUGGAGGUGGAGGAUGGAGAGCGUGACACUGAUGAACAACUUCCUGCUGAUGACGGAAAUGUCGUUGAAGGAAGUAGUGGUGGUGAUGUGGGGAGUGGCCUUGAUAUGAACCGUGCAUCCCAUGGAGGCAUUUCUGAUGAAGUUGAACCGCUUCAAGCCAUAGUUCCCUAUGUUCCGCAACAGCCUCAAAUGACUCCAUUUAAAGUUGAUUACAUGAAGUUGUAUAGCAGUAUUACGGUUUUUGGUGUACCGAACAGGGUGGUCUGCAACAUCAAUGGGCAAAUUCUGGGUACGAAUGAGUGUUGGGGUUUUGGUCCUGGAAAGAAGGUGGACAAUAUGACCCAUGUACUGACUGACUCACGGAUGAUGAUUGUUAAGAGACGUCAAUGGACAUUGAGAGACUACGCUGCCUACUUUCGUGCAGGCCUGAUUGUGUUGGAGGACAUUUUGUCUGCUGAUUUUUUGUUUGCUCCAAUUGUGAAUGACGAUCAUUGGUGGUGUUAUGUCGUCAAUUGUAAACAGAAGAAGUUGUACGUGCUUGAUUCGAUUGGCCACUCCAACAAAAAUCGUAGAAGAAUAGACAACGCAGUUGCUCGUAAUAUGGGAUUACUUUUUGGGAUGUUGAUGAAGUGUUCGGAAGAUGAGUGCCCAAAAUUUGAAGUUCACUGCGAGAUAACUCCCAUUCAACCAAACUUAUACGAUUGUGGCAUUAUUGUUCUUCAAAUGAUGGAGUUGUGGGAUGGUGAGAAGAAAUUUGAUGGCAAUAGCAUGCCUAAUUACACUAAUGAACAACUUCAACUGAUUAGACAGCAAUACAUUUGGCGUUGGAUCCUAGAUGUUGACAAUAUCUACAGGCAAGAAGUCCUGCAGUACUACAACGCGCUUUUAUAG